AUGGCGGUUAUCACAAUCCACAUCGUGUCGGACGUUAUUUGUCCCUGGUGCUACAUCGGCUACCGCAGCCUUGAGCGGGCGAUCAGCCUUUACCAGAAGACAUACCCAGGUGGCUCUAAAGAUGAGUUUGAAAUCGUCUGGAAGCCAUACUUUAUCGACAAGGAGCCUCCAGCGGAGAGCGAGGUGAUAUCGGAGCGAAUGCUUCGUCGUUCAAAAGACCCCAAGGUGGUGGAAGCUAACCAGACUCGCCUCACGCGUAUUGGAGCGCAAUCUAACAUCCACUUCAACUUUGAGGGACGUAUGGGCAGCUCCAGAUUGGCGCAUCAGUUACUCCAUCUCGUGUACCUCGAGAAAGGCAGUGAGAUGCAAUGUAAGGUCUCCGAGCAGCUUUUCCGCUACCAGUUUGAGCUGGCAGAAGACAUCAGCAAGAUGGAUGUUGUUGUCGAGGCUGCUGUUAAGGCUGGACUGGACGAGGACGAAGUUGCCGAUUGGCUGGUCAGUGAUAAGGGGAUAGUUGAGGUGGAACAAGAAGAAAAAGAGAUGAGGGCCACUGGCAAGGUUGGGGGCGUGCCGCAUUAUAUCAUUGGGAAGCAGCAUCUCGAGGGCGCGGUGGAUUAUACAGAGCACAUGGAAGCUUUCAUUGCUGCGCGCGAAGCAGCUGCCUCAUGCAAUUGA